ACGCACCGGCACCACCAGGAGCGGAGCCACGCCUCCUCCCACUUUCUUCUUCUUCAGUCUUCACUAUUUCAUUCCCUUUGCUUCCAUCACUCAUGCUCCUUCAUUUCACCCAACAUUGCUAAACGUUCCUUACAAUUUCCAUCUCCCAUGGAGCUCGGCAACGUCACUCUCCAGAUCUUCUCCAGUCUCGAACAGAAAUGGCUUUCCCAGUGCCAAAACACCAACAAAACUCGGAUUCUUACCAUCGAUGGCGGCGGAACCACCGCCCUUGUAGCCGGCGCCUCUCUUCUCUACUUAGAGGACCAGAUCCGCAUCAAAACCGCUAAUCCUCACGCUCGAAUCGCCGAUUAUUUCGACCUCCUUGCUGGUACUGGUAUUGGCGCUAUUCUCGCCUCAAUGCUCGUCGCCGAUGAUGGAUUCGGCCGCCCGCUUUUCACUGCUAAGGAUGCUGUGGAUUUCCUUUCCGAGAGGAAAUCCGAGAUGUUCAAGAUGAAGAAUGCAGGGGUGUUUUCCCGACGCCGAUUGUUCUCUGCUAAAUCCAUGGAUAAAAUCCUGAAGGAAGCUUUUCGAAAUGGCGAUGGAAAGCCAUUGACGCUUAAGGACGUGUGUAAGCCUCUUCUGAUUCCCUGCUUUGAUCUAAAGAGCUCUGCUCCAUUUGUGUUUUCCAGAGCCGACGCUUCCGAGUCGCCGAGCUUUAACUUCGAGCUUUGGAAGGUCUGCCGCGCAACGUCCGCGACGCCGAAUCUCUUCAAACCGUUCAAUCUGACCUCCAUUGACGGAAAAACCUCAUGCUCUGCAAUCGACGGUGGUUUGGUAAUGAACAAUCCGACGGCCGCGGCCGUCACUCACGUACUCCACAAUAAACAGGAUUUCCCGUUGGUGAAUAGCGUGGAGGAUCUCCUGGUUUUAUCAUUGGGCAAUGGACCUUCAAGCUUAUCGCGCGGAAGAAAUCUCAGCCGAAACGGGGAGUGUUCGCCUUCUUGGAUUGUCGAUAUUGCGAUGGAUGGAGUGUCCGAAACCAUAGAUCAGAUGUUGGGCAAUGCAUUCUGUUGGAAUCGAGGCGACUAUGUAAGGAUUCAGGUGAAUGAUUUGAAGAAGAAGGGAUUGGUAGAAGAUUUUCUGAAAGAAAAGGGCUCAGAAUCGGUUCCGUUUGGCGGGAAGCGUUUGUUGAUGGAGACAAACGAAGAAAGAAUCGAGGGGUUUGCGCAGCGCCUGGCUGCUGCAUCAAGCAACGGCAGCCUGCCGCCCAGUCCCUGCAAGAAUUUCAACAUCACUCCCUUUGCCUCGCCACCGCCUCUUAAUUAACCAUUCUAGCAUAGUUUGAUUACAUGUUUGUUGUGUAAAUAUUAUGUUUGUGUUUGCUUCAUAGAUCGAAUAAUUUGUUUACAAGAUAUUGUUUGACAUCUUGUUUUCUCGGAUUUAGAAGUGAAAACGAAAGAGGAAGCAAAA